CUAUUUCCUUGUUGUCUGCAUGUCAUACUGUACAUUACUACUGGAGACGAAACAUCAGAAUCAAUUUUCACUCUCACACACACAUAUGCACACACACACCAUUAAACACACUCUCUACUGAAGAAUCGUUCAAUCCUUUGGUUGGAGAGCAGGUCAGAAGAAACUUCACAAUGCGCUUUGGACAGAUUUUCUGUCUGUUUUGUGCUUUUAUCAGCUGUUCACUCGUCUGGUUAAUUUACCACAGCUACAAACCUUCCUGGUUCAGCGACGUGUUGGAGUGCAGAGCGACUGUCACUAAACAUGUCACUUUGGACUUAAUCUUUCCUGUGGGGGUUGCAUGCGCUCAGCCCAGUGUGCAUACCAGUCGGCAAGAUGUUUCCAUUUCGACCCCAUGGUCCGCUCCAAUCGUAUGGGAAGAAACAUUCGAUUUGGUGGUGAUUGACAACAUUUACAAAUACCAGAACAUCACAGUGGCAGCCACCGUCUUCGCUCUGGGGAAGUAUGUACGUUUCCUGAAGGACUUUCUAGAAUCUGCAGAGCAGCACUUCAUGGUGGGCUACCCAGUGCAUUAUUACCUGUUUACAGAUCUUCCAAAUGAGGUUCCUGAGGUAAAGCUGGGGGAGGAGCGUCAACUGACAGUGAUUAAAACACCAAGCUUAAAACGCUGGCAAGAAAUCACGCAAAGCCGGAUGGGGAUGAUUGAGAAGUUAAUUGAAGAGAAACUCAGGAACACAAUCGACUACAUAUUUAGCUUUGAUGUUGACACCAAAUUCCAUGCUCAUUGGGGGGCGGAGUCUCUGGGCGACCUUGUCGGCGUGCUGCAUCCCUACCUGUUCGGAUCGUCUCGGCAACAGUUCACGUACGAGCGCCGUCCCGAAUCUCAGGCCUACAUACCCUCGGAAGAAGGAGACUACUACUAUGAAGGAGCCAUGAUCGGAGGACGUCCUGACAAAGUGUACGAGCUGGCAAAGACGUGCCGCAUGCAGAUCGAGAUGGACAAAGACAAUCAGAUCGAGGCAGUCUGGCAGGAUGAGUCUUAUCUGAACAAAUACUUUCUCUACAACAAGCCCACCAAGGUGCUCUCACCUGAGUACAUGUGGCAUGAUGAAAUACAGAAACCCGACCACAUGAAAGUGGUGCGUUUCUCACAGGUGAUUAAGAAAUAUGCUGAGAUUCGACCAAACACUUGAUGCACACUCUAAUCUCAUUGUAUAGGUUUUUCACCUCUUCCUAUUUUGAACUGUGAUGUGUUUCUCAGAGAAAAUAAUUCCAUUUCUCGAAUUCUCAGGUCAUCAUCUGUGUUUUGCUGGGUUUAUAAGCUAUGAGUUUAUGUUUCUGAGUAAAACUUUUGUUAUAUAAAUGCAAUAAAAAAAUGAUCUAUUCUA